CGAUUGGCCGGUGGGCUAAGACCGCCGCUCAUUGGGAGCCGGGUCUCCCUUUCGGCUUCCGGCAUUCCCACGAUGGCGGCGCUGGACUCCCUGUCGCUCUUCACCGGCCUGGGCCUGAGCGAGCACAAGGCCCGCGAGACCCUCAAGAACUCGGCGCUGAGCGCGCAGUUGCGCGAGGCGGCCACCCAGGCGCAGCGGACUCUGGGCUCCAGCAUCGACAAGGCCACCGGGACGCUGCUCUACGGGCUGGCCUCGCGCCUCCGCGACCCCCGGCGCCUCUCCUUCCUCGUGAGCUACGUCGCCGGCAAGAAGAUCCUCACCGAGCUCCAGCUGAGUGCUGCCCUUGAAUAUGUGCGAAGCCAUCCCCUGGAUCCUAUCGACACUGCUGACUUUGAACAGGAAUGUGGCGUGGGCGUCGUGGUGACCCCAGAGCAGAUUGAGGAAGCGGUAGAGGCUGCCAUCAAUCGGCACAAGCCCCAGAUUAUGCUGGAGCGUUAUCAUUUCAACAUGGGACUGUUGAUGGGAGAAGCUCGCGCUGUGCUCAGGUGGGCAGAUGGCAAAAUGAUCAAGCAUGAAGUGGACAUGCAGGUCCUCCAUCUCCUGGGUCCCAAGACAGAGACUGAUUUGGAGAAGAAGUCAAAGGUGGCCAAGGCUCGGUCAGAAGAAACAGAUCGCAGAGCAGUAAAGAAUGUGGUAGAGAAUGGUGAAGCUCCUGGUCAGACCCUCUCUCUGAUGGAACAGCUCCGAGGGGAGGCUCUUAAAUUCCACAAGCCUGGAGAAAACUACAAGACUCCAGGCUAUGUCACCACGGAGCAUACCAUGGCUCUAUUGAAGCAGCAUUUGGAGAUUACUGGGGGACAGGUACGUACUCGGUUUCCCCCAGAACCCAAUGGAAUCCUGCACAUUGGACAUGCUAAAGCCAUCAAUUUCAAUUUUGGCUAUGCCAAGGCCAACAAUGGGAUCUGCUUUUUGCGCUUUGAUGACACCAAUCCUGAGAAGGAGGAAGCAAAGUUCUUCACUGCCAUCUAUGACAUGGUGACUUGGCUGGGCUACAAGCCUUACAAGGUGACAUACGCCUCUGACUAUUUUGACCAGCUAUAUGCUUGGGCUCUGGAGCUCAUCCACAGGGGCCAUGCCUACGUGUGCCACCAGCGAGGAGAGGAGCUCAAAGGCCACAAUUCAUUGCCAUCACCCUGGAGAGACCGACCCAUUGAGGAGUCACUGCUGCUUUUUGAGGCAAUGCGCAAAGGCAAAUUUGCAGAGGGCGAGGCUACUCUUCGGAUGAAGCUGGUGAUGGAGGAUGGCAAAAUGGACCCUGUGGCCUAUCGAGUCAAGUAUACACCACACCACCGUACAGGAGAUACCUGGUGCAUCUAUCCCACCUAUGACUACACGCACUGUCUCUGUGACUCCAUCGAGCAUAUCACCCACUCACUCUGCACCAAGGAAUUCCAGGCGCGACGGUCUUCCUACUUCUGGUUAUGCAACAUGCUGGAUGUCUAUUGCCCAGUACAGUGGGAAUAUGGCCGCCUCAAUCUACAUUAUGCUGUUGUUUCCAAGAGGAAGAUUCUCAAGCUGGUGGCAACUGGUGCUGUGAGAGACUGGGACGACCCUCGGCUCUUCACUCUCACAGCUCUCCGACGACGGGGCUUCCCACCUGAGGCCAUCAAUAACUUCUGUGCUCGGGUGGGGGUCACAGUGGCACAGACCACGAUGGAGCCACAUUUGCUAGAAUCCUGUGUGCGGGAUGUAUUGAAUGAUAUAGCCCCACGGGCCAUGGCUGUUUUGGAGCCAUUACAAGUCGUUAUCACCAACUUUCCCUCUGCCAAGUCCUUAGACAUCCAGGUGCCCAACUUCCCAGCUGAUGAGUCCAAGGGCUUCCAUCAAGUUCCGUUUGGAUCAACUGUCUUCAUUGAAAGAACUGAUUUCAAGGAGGAGCCAGAGAAAGGUUAUAAGCGCCUGGCACCAGGCCAGCCAGUGGGUCUGAGGCACACAGGGUACGUCAUUGAGCUGCAGCAAGUUGUCAAGGGCCCGGAUGGCUGUGUGAAAGCCCUGGAGGUGACCUGCAGAAAAGCAGAUGCUGGAGAAAAGCCUAAGGCCUUUAUUCACUGGGUUUCACAGCCUCUUAAGUGUGAGAUUCGACUUUACGAGCGAUUAUUUCAACAUAAGAACCCAGAGGAUCCUUCUGAAGUUCCUGGUGGAUUCUUAAGUGACCUGAAUCCGGAUUCACUACUAGUAGUGGAUGCGUUAGUGGAUUGCUCUGUGGCCCUAGCAAAGCCCUUUGACAAGUUCCAGUUUGAGCGGCUUGGUUACUUCUCUGUGGAUCCAGACAGCUGCCCCGGACAGCUCGUCUUCAAUCGCACAGUGACACUAAAGGAAGAUCCAGGAAAGGCAUAAACUGGAAUCCAACAGAUCUACCUCACUUUGGAGGCCUCCGGUCCUCAGGCUUUGUCAAUAAAGAACUUAAAUCCUUC